UCCUCGCCUACUCCGCGAGGAUGGAGGUGGCCCGGCUCAAGAGGACACGGAGGCCAGUCCGGAGUGUCUUGGUAAGGAACUGUAUAGUAACGCUAGAUAGAACUGAUGGUGGAGGGAGCGUCGCUGGCGUGGUGCCUGUUGGCCAACUGGACGGUUCCCUGCUGCUUGCCACCUCGGCCCUCCUCGUUUACUCCGCGAGGAAGAAGGUGGCCCGGCUCAAGAGGACACGGAGGCCAGUCCGGAGUGUCUUGUUAACAAACUCUACAAACGAAUUAGGCAAAGAGUUGAAGACACAGCUGGAAUUGCGCGGCUGCUACGUCCACACCGCGAGCGACGAGAUGGUUCGCCGCUUGUCGAGCGACGCGAGCGCAGCGAUCUCUGCGAGCUAUCCGAGUGACAACAUAAGCGAAACAAAGGUUGACGCUUUGGUCGUGGUCGGUGCUUUCUCGCAGCCGAAGUUGGGAGGACUACAGGGAAUGGCGAAAUUAGUCAGUGAAGAUGUAUACCAUAAUUUAAAGUUGCUUGAAGGCCUGUCGGCGCUAGUAUCGCGCGGCGGGUGCGUGGCCUGGGCAUGCGCGGGCGCAGUGGCAAGCGCGAGCGGCGCUGAAGACGCGUUCGACACGGUUCUUAGAGCGAACCUCCAUCACGUCGCUAAAACUGCACGUUGCGAAGCGGUGUGGGUAGGCCGAUGCGACAGCGCUGCGGCGGCGGCUGAACGUGUGACGGACGCACUGCUAUUUAGCGGUGACGCUACACUUGCCUCUAGAUUCUCUAUAAGAAAUGCAGCUAACAAAGCUGGAGAAUACGUCGGCCGAUGGUUGAAGAUCGCCACUUGAUCUACCUCAUAGCCAGUUACCAGUCAUAACCAGUUAUAUUCACAAUAAAAGAUACUUUAAACACCUACCAUGAAAAAGAAUCCGAAAGACUUUACCAAGAUCAUUGGAGAAGGUUUUUUUACAUGCAGAAAUUAAAUAAAUGCAACGAAUCUUGCAGGUGACGGGCUCAUUAAAUAAAUAUUUAAGUACCUUCUUUCCAUGAAAACACCACACCGAUUACACCUACCUACAAUAUUGUAGACAUUAUUGUGUAUAAGUUUCUAGAAUAAAAUAAUAAUUAUUUUUGUUAUGA